UCUUGAUGGCUUUCUCAACAGUGUUAAUGCAAUAAAGUGUCUGAGUGAGCAGCCUUCAAGACAUUCUGCGUGUUUCUAAAGUCCUCAGUAUGCUCAGGCAAGACUGUUCUCAUGGCAGCAGCAUUUUCAGGACUUAGGAGUCUUUGUCUGGCCAUCAACAAAAGCCUUCGGAUUACUGGUGAGGCAGGCUCACAGUACAGCUGCAUGCGUGUAUGGGCAGGUCUACCUGUGAGCAGCCUGCAGGACAAUAACAACACUGAGUCAGUGAGGGACAGCUUUUGAUUGGUCCCCUCAGCAGCCAAUCUGAAUGCAGGGAAAGAGUCACAGCCACAGCUCCUGUCUGCACUCACCUGAUACGUUACCUGGCUGAGCUCAGACCCAGCAUCUCAUUACCUUUCCAAUACAAUCUAUAACCGAGGCUCAUUGUGUCCUGUAAGCUCCAGCAGUCAAGGUGUCCCUCUAUUUUUGCCUCCACUCAGACAAAGGCACAGAGUCAUGGCUGUGGCAAAUUUCCAGUACAUUACUCGGAUGAGCAGUGGCUUCAAGGUCUACAUUUUAGAAGGUCAGUCUCACCUCAGAAGCGAAGACAGAUACAGACAUAUCACAAAUGACCGGGCUCGAGCCCCAACAGUGUAUCCAAUCAAGCGCAAGCGCAGCCAUGAGAGAGGUCUAACUUUGGAGGAAAGACGAGAACGGGCACUGAGCAGAAGCAGCGGUAAAGCUGCCCAGAGAACAGCUCCAGCAUCAACUCCAACACCAGCACCAGCACCAGCACCAGCGGUGUUUAACAGCCCACAAAGUCCCACAUCUACCUGGAGUCCAACACCCAGUCCCACCAGCCCUAUGCCCACCCAUGUGUACUACACACCAGUCAUGGAUGAACCCCUUGCCCUCAUCAAGAAACCAAGAAAGGAGCCUGAAAACAAAGAGGACAAGACUAGAAGCACUGCUACUAAUCAAAUCCAGAUGCGUCCCUCUGUGAUCACUUGUGUCUCCUCAUCAAGAAACCCCUCCUGCAGAUCUGAGGUCCACAGGAGCCACUCAUCAGUGAUUUCCAAAAGCAAUUACGACCAUGUCGUUGAGGAACAUUUCCAGAGGAGCCUCGGGGUGAAUUACCAGAGAGCCCGUGCCCAGCAGCUCUCCAUCAGCGUGUCUGUGGAUGACCACUUUGCCAAGGCCUUGGGAGACAAGUGGCUGCAGAUCAAAUCCAAGUCUUCUUCCUGUUCUUCCACCCCUCCCAGCAGUCCAAGUGUUACUCACUCUCCCACGUACAGCCACAGCCCAAUUCUGUCCCGCAAAGAAUCCACCAGCAGCUCAUCGCCAACCUCCAGCCGCUGGUCUGUCAAUUAAAGCAGAAAAUGACCUCUGAUCCCAGAGGAAAAUGGACUUUGUGACUUUUAACAUUUCACUGCGUGCAGCUCUGCUUGUCGAGCAAGUGUUGAGAGGGCAGAUUUAGGAGUGAUGUCAGACUGGACCACUGUGUGUCCAAAUAUAAGACGCACGGACGCAGACAAAUGUAGCAUGAAUUGGGACGUCCUUGUUUUGUUACAUUUCUUUACUCUGCUUGCCGAUAGCCUCUGAAUACCUGAGAUAGAUGGUGGUAUGGGAUGAUUGAAAAAUCAGCCAAAAUAUUCCUUUACAUUUCUUUGAUUUUGUGUCAUUCUUUCACUGCCACAAUUUCAUUGUAUUAUAUUUAUAUUCUGAUACACCUGGGUGCCUUAUGGUCUACCUGACUAGCCUAUCUGCUGUAUAUUAUUGUGCUUUUAAGUUGUACA